ACGCAAAAUCGUUCGUCUUCACCACUGCUAACCUACGCCUCCCGCGCUAACUUGCGCCUUCCGUGACAAUUUAACUCCGCCCACACUAUGCCUGGCGCCCUCAAAUUCACCAAUUCCGUUAUCCUACGCCCCCACCAACCCUAUACAUUUCUCUCCCCCUCCUCCGCCACCACCACCGGCCAAUCGACGGCAGCUAUCCGGCCGAAUCAAUCCGCCGGCUGGUGGCGCAGGACGAUCGCAUUCUCGCAUCCGACGCGCCGUGGAAUCGCUUCGCGGAGUGGCCGGGAACGUCUCCGAUUAUCAUCGGAUUCUCGAAACGGAGAAGUAGGUGGAAAUCUGUCUUUCAAUUCGGAUACUAAUUUCAAUUCCAAAAUGUGCGCCACCGCCAAUGGCAAGGCCGGGAGCCAGUCCGACGUGGCGCAGAAGCUAACCGGAAAGCCAGCGGCGAAGCUGCUUACGUUGCCUACGAUUUUGACGAUUGGACGCGUCGCCGCGGUGCCGCUCCUUGUAGGCACAUUUUAUGUUGAGAGCUGGUGGGGACCUGCUGUUACAACCGGUAUUUUUAUCGCAGCAGCCUUUACAGAUUGGCUCGAUGGAUACCUUGCUCGAAAGAUGGAUUUGGGAACUCCGUUUGGUGCGUUUCUGGAUCCAGUGGCAGAUAAGCUUAUGGUUGCUGCCACAUUGAUCUUGUUGUGUACCAGACCUUUUGAAGCUGGUGGGUUAGGGCAUGCACCAUGGUUAUUAACUAUACCCGCUAUUGCUAUAAUUGGCAGAGAGAUUACUAUGUCUGCUGUUAGGGAAUGGGCUGCUGCUCAGGACAAAAAGCUUCUUCAGGCUGUUGCAGUCAAUAAUUUGGGGAAGUGGAAAACUGCCUCACAGAUGAUUGCAUUAACCAUCCUCUUGGCUGCCAGAGACGGCAGUAUCGUUGGAGCCAAAAUGUUUGCUUAUUCAGGGGUUUUCUUGCUAUAUAUUUCAGCAUGGCUUGCCUUAUGGUCAUUGGUUGUGUACAUGAGUAAGAUAUGGAAAGUUCUUCUGCAGUAACUCCCCGUAGCAGUUUUUAUCACAGCAAUUAUAACGAAGAUAGGAGCGAGGACAUCCUCACCCAUAAAGAAGUGCUGCUCCGUUUGAGAUUCUUUAGCAUCUUCUGAGUUAUACCCCAGGAAAGUCUUCUAGUUAUCCAAAAUAUACGAGACAGAAUAAUGCUCGUUGCCCUAGUCACCUCUCAUCACCGAUGCAACGAGCGACCAGCAGUAGAUGGCAUUCCCACAUCUUGCUCAGGCAGUCUUUUAUUUUGUUUUAAAGUCACUGCAUUAGCAGCUUGUGACUGAUUUAGCCUAGUAGUGCCAGAAUGCUCGUUAAAAGAGUUAGGAUACAAUAAAAUUUUAUGUACUACUACUAUUAUACUUAUUUGUUAUUAAAUGUUCCAUAUAGUUGGUAUGAUAAAAU